AAUUUGUAAUGCGGAUUUACCUAUAACAAAAAGAUUUGUAAUGCGUGAUUGCUAUACGAGUUCUAUCUGGAAUGAAUGUUUCCACGAAGAUGAAGUCGUUAUUUCAAAAAAAAAUCAGCUUGCUGUUUCUCCAUCUCCCGGAGUAAAAAACAAGCUUUUCAUCUCAAGUCCCCCCCGCUAGUAGUACACAAAUAGCAAACGUUUUAGUUCUUACUUCAAAAAAAAAAGACUCAUAGUAGUUCUACUUCUUUUCGCGAUUCAUCGGAAAUACACACGCUACUACACUCAACAGAUACAGAAACUUAUAUCUUUUCGGCUUUUUGCCACUCUCUAAAAUUUUUCACGCUCAUUGCGUAUAACAAAACUUUAAACGGCUCCCCACUUUGUAGUUCUUUGCGAAGCAACAAACACAAAAAUGGGUUGUGGAGCCUCCAUGAACGGAGGUGCGGCUGCCCCAGCCGGUUAUCAAAUGCAAAAAUGUCUCCGUCUGGAAGCUUGCAACUUGUGAUGCUGGUGUCUCUGGAAGGUAAAAAAAAUCUGUAUUGCAUGGCCAGCAAGACGAGGAGUUCAGUUUGUGCUACGCGGAGUGGGCCGCGUUUCUCAUGCGGAAUACGCAUCAGCAGGCACUUUAGAAAUCUGUGAUGCUAGGUGAUGCAUUACCGGCAUCAUAGGUUAUGCAAAAUAUGCAUGACAAACCUAGCAUCAAUCGUCCUGACCCAGACAUUUUUGCACUUGAUACCGGUGGCGCUGCGCCACAAGCCGCGGCCCCGGCGGCCGCCCCCAAGGCCGCUGCUGGCGGCGGUGGCAUGAAGAAAAUGGGCCCGUUAUCCUGAGUAAAAGCGUACCCACCCUAGAGUCAAGAUGGGACGAAAUCUGCUAGACAAAUCAAAAAGUUUUGGUUGUUGCGCAUGACAGGUUUGGGCGAUUUAAUCGUAUUCAGCUAGUGCAGUGGGAGCAGCAUCUCAGAUCUAGCAUAUCAUCCUGAUUCGACCAUCACAAAUCUCAGAACAUAACUAGAAAAUGCUUGUCAUGGGGCAGCUCCGCAUGAGAAACGUUUUGAGCAUGCUGAUUUGCAUGACAACUCUGGGAAUAUGGGAAUGCUUUUACACAUGAUACCCGUGGACUGACGGAACGGGGAUUCAGUUCUGGAUUGCCUCUAUGGAUUGUAAAAAUGUCUGGGUCUGGAAACUUGUAAUGCUGUGUUGGGAAAAUAGUGAAUGCUCUGUAAUGCACAGCCAAGCAUGAGAAAUAUCUGCAGUUCUUUGUGUUGCGUUUUUCGCAUGAGAAACUGCGUUUUUGCAUGACAGGCAGAAGGGUCUCUUCUUGGACACGCAUCACAAACUUUUUUGUCAUGCCAGACAAGCAUGACAAAUCUCGCAAUCUUCCAGACCCAGACAUUUUUACAGUUGAUACCCUCCGCGUCCCACCGCGACCCGAUUGCCAUCGCGGGUGAUGUGAAGUGCGCGAAUAAGGAUUUGAAGAAGGUCGUGGUCAUCUUCGAUCCGCUAUGAACUGCAAAAGUAUCGUUCUCGUAUAAAUGCGUUACAAAUUUCCUCAGAUUGAGAAAUAAAAUUUGUAAUCCAGAUUUGCCUUGGAAACAAGAUGAAGAUUAAGAUUUGUAAUGCAAGACUUGCAUUAGCAUUUGUACGAGUCCGAUACUUUUGCACAGGAUAUCCGCGCCACCUCGGGUUCAACAAGUCCUUCGUGACGAAGGUGCGGCAAACGUUGUUCAAGCACAAGGAGCGCACGCACGGCGCGGCGGACUGGAACGCGGUGGACACGAGUGCUGGGUACUCGGCGGAUUUGAAGAUCCGGACCUUGAUGGUGACGGCCACUUUGAAUUCCAAGCCGGAGUUCUGCACGGCCAUUGAGGCGGGGAUUUUGGGGAUGGCCUUCCUGAACACCUUGAUCGGGUCGGGCUGGAAGGGUAUCAAACGCAAAUAUGUCUGGAUCUGGAAGGUCGCAAUUUGUCAUGCUGUUUUUGGAUUCCAAAAAAAAUUGUAUUGCAUGACCAGCAAGAGCGGUUCAAUUUGUGCUACGCGGACAGGGCAUUUCUCAUGCGGAAGGCGCAUCAGGAAGCCCUUUCAAAAUCUGUAAUGCUAUGGCAUACAUCACCGACAUCAUGGAUCAUGGAAAAUGUGCAUGACAAACUUGUCCUCUUCCAGACCCAGACAUAUAAUUUGCAAUGCAUAAAGGGCGCGGGGUCGAUGUUGAAGAUCGUAUCGACUGCAAAUAUGUCUGGGUCUGGAAGAAUCCAAGGUCUGUCAUGCUAGUCUGGCAUGACACUGAGCUCUGUAUUGCGUACGGCCAUCGGAAGAGCUCCUCUUGUCUGUCAUGUUGCGGAAUGAUACACAACACAGAGCCACGAAAAAAGUAUAAAAUUUGUCAUGCUUGGCGUUGCAUUACAGUCUGGCUAUUAAUUCACUGACAUGCAUCACAAGUUUCCAGACCCAGAAAUGUUUGCAUUUGAUAGAUCGCCUGCGCGGACGAUUUCUACACGGACCCGGAUGGCGUUCUGUACAAGCUGUACGGGCAGUACGACGAGGGCGGCGCCGGCGGGAAGUCUUCCGUAUGCAAGAAAAAACUGUUUCACUGUAAACUUGUGAUGCAUAAAAUGGAACGCAGAUCGAUGUAUUUGUCUUGCUACACAUGCAAGAAAGUGGAUUGUUAGCUGUGUUUUCCCUUAGGAAGCUUGCAUGGCAAAUUUUCUCUGUCAUGUAGAGCGAACUUGUCAUGCAAAACCUGCAAAAUCCUUACAGUGAAACAGUUUUUUCGUGCGAUAUUCCGCCUGGAAAGCCUACUGCACUGCGGGCAAGGCGGAAGUCGACGCCAUGGCCAUGAUGAAGCAGAAGUUUGAAAUAUCGUGAGGAAAAACGUCCCCACCCCAUAGUCAAGAUCAGAACUUCGCAACACAAAUCCAGACGCAUGACAAGUUCUUGUAGGCUGUAGUGUAGUGCUGUUCAGCAAGGGAAGUCGCAUAAGAAAUUCAUCUCCUUAUCCCGUUUACAGCAUUACAAGUUCCAGAACACGAUUGGAAACUCAUGGGAAUGCGCAUUAAAAAUGCUCAUGUAAUUAUUGCAAGUCUGCAAGACAACUAUGGGGUGCGGACGUUUUUGCUCAGGAUAUGAAAAGGACAUCGCGCCCAAGCAGGCCUACGGCUACUUGGCCGAAAACGCGGGCUUGGAAGAGAAGGAGUGUUUGGAAGUAUAGUUUUUAACUUAUGUUUGUGUUUGUGGAAAAUGCAUGUAGUUAAGCCGAUCUGUAAUUUCAUUAUCGAGAUUUAUAAUUGUCGUGCGAAAUGGUGUUAUAGGAUUUUGGAUUUACAUACAUUUUUUCAACAAAUCUUCUAACAGGGCAUGUCCAACUUGGUGAACUUUAUCCAAACCUCGAUUCCGACUGAUAUCCCAACUGCAAAAUUGUUACACGACUCAGUCUGUUAUGCAGGAUACAGAGCAUUUUGAUUUGUGCAUGAUUGCAAUGGCAAGCUGCACAGGCAUGACAUUGGAUCAUGCAAAAAUCCGAAUGGAUGAAGUAGACUGAGUAAUAAACAUAUUUGCAGCUCCAUACCGGAAGCGAACAUCGCCACCGGGAUGUCCAUAUCAAAUGUAAAAAUGUCUGGGUCUGGAAGAUUAGAACUUGUCAUGCUAAAUCUGAAUGAUGCAAAAAUCUGUGUUGCGUGAGUACCAAAAGCUGUCCGCUUUUGACCAAGUUGAGAGGGAGUUUCUCAUGCAGGAAAGGCAUGAUAGAGACCUCAAGGUGGAAUCUGUCAUGCUGGGUCUCGCAUUCCAGACCUCAUGGGUCAUGGAAAACCUGCAUCACAACUCUUGCAUUCUUCCAGACUGAGACAUUUUUACAUUUGAUAGUCCACCACCCGCGACAAAAAGGUCGAGUUGCCGGCGACCGACAUUCUGAAGUACGUGCGCAACGUGACCUGGCCGUCCAACCGGCGCCCGUAUCCUGAGUAAAAACGUCCCCACGACCCCAGAGUUGUCAUGCAGAUGUACAAUUACAGAAAACGUUUGUAAUGUGCAGCUCCAUGAGAGAGGCAUCACCAACCGCGUUUUGGAAUUUCUAAUGCUGUAAACAGGAUGAGACAAUGGCUUUCUCAUGCUGCUGCCCUUGCCAACCAGCACUACACUGCAGAGGGAAACUUGUCAUGCACAGCUGCCAAAAGUUGGAGACUUGUGUUGCUACUAUCCCAACUUGACUAUGGGGUGGGGACGUUUUUGCUUAGGAUAGCCCGGUGGCGUUUGUCAUGUCCACCGUGAAUUACGACAAGCACAAGGAGAAGUUCGCUUCCCAAUUUUUCGACCGCCCUGUUUUCAACUUGGAGGAGGAAAUAUGAGAGUGCACAACUCCCCCUCCCCCUCAUUUGUCAUGCAAAAUGCGUAUAAUUUACGCCUGGGCUCUUGGCACUGUCUGCAUGACAAGUUCUGGCAGGAGCCCAAAUAGCACUACACGCCUGUCCAAAUUUGUCAUGCAAAACCUGUAUUCUUGAUGACGCUUGUGUUGCUGUUCAUGCAAUACAAAUGAGGGGGAAGGGGAGUUGUGCACUUUCAUAGGAAAUCCCGGACGGUUUGGCGGACGGUGCGAAGGAAACCGCGGAGAAGAUUGUGGUGGAGAAGAUCAUAUCAAGUGCAAAUAUCGAUCUGGGUCUGGAAGAUAAUUGCCAGGUUUGUCAUGCAUAUUUUGCAUGACCCAUAACGCCAGUAAUGCAUGGCCUAGCAUCUUCACAGAUUUUUUAGCGGCUUCUUGAUGCCUCUCCCGCGUGACAAAUGCUCUCGCCCCCGCGACGCACAAACUGGAUUCUUAUUGCUUUUCUAUGCAAUACAGAUUUUUUUAGAAUCGAAAGACAGCAUCACAAGUUCUUGCGACCUUCCUGACAUCCAGGCACUUUUGCAUUUGAUAGAUCAUCAACAACCAACCGGGGCACCACAAGCGCAAGCCGAUCUUGAUUAUCGGGGUCGAUGAAGUCGACCAGGCGCGGGUUGCGCGCUUCAUGUGCUUGAUGUUGGCGAUGAAAGCGAACCCGGAAGUGAGUGGCGUCACCGUCAUCAUCCACGGCGCGACGUACGAAUCCUUCACCAACAACAAACUGACCGGGCAACUGAUUUGCGCGGGGUUGUUACUGGCGCAGUUGUGCAUUGUCUCCAAGACCGACAUGCUGGAUAUGGCGUUCUCAAACGUUACAGUCUCAACUGUUACAUGAAUUUGUCAUGCAAAAUGAGCAUCAACGUCCACACAAUGGAGCUGCCUCGCAUGACAAAUUUUGGAAGGGCUAAACAGCAUGGGAAUCUGUGCCAAGUUUGUUAUGCAAGAGUUGCAAGGUCCGGCCUUUUCCUGUUGCCAUUCUUGCAUCACAAAUUCAUGUAACAGUUGAGAAUGUAACAAUUGAGAGCGCCAUACUCGACCGGCUGACCAACAUGUUUCUGGCCCCGUAUGCACUGCAAAAGUAUCGUACUCGUAUAAAUGCAUUACAGCUUCAGCCAUAAAGGUCGUAGUGCUCCAGCUUCAGCCAUGUGGGACCCCGUGGGCAGAAGCAUCCUCACACGCGCCGCGCCCAUUUCUAGCUAGGGAGUCACGUAGUCGCCCCUUCUUCAUUUUUCAAAAAACCCUCCACAGGAUGUGCUUGCACCUAUUUGUUCAGUUCGCUAUGCUACAGUGCUUUUUUCAAACUUCCCUUUGGGAUUUUAGUUUUCAAUAUAAAUGCAUUACAAAUAAUUUUCUCAGCAUGACGAGAAAUAAAAUUGACAUUUGUGAUGCGGAAGUACCUUAAGAAAAAGAUUUGUAAUGCAUGAUUGCAAUACAACGAGUGCGAUACUUUUGCACAGGAUACCCCGACCAACGAGGCGAUCGUGGACUCGGUCUCUGCUGCCAUGGUGCCGUUCCCAGGUAUUACAUAAAACGUGCUUUCGUUUUCGUGUUUGUCAUGCUAACAUAUGAACAAGAACAUACAUACUGCUGCUGGUAUUUCUUGUGCUGCAAAAUAUUAAAACCGUGUGUUGAGAAACAAGUCUUGUAAUGAUGUUAAAACUCUAUCUUCGAUGGUUGAAAAUGAUAAAUCCAUACACAGGUAUGCACCUGAUGUGCACGCACAACGCGUUGGGGCAGGAAAUUUCCGACGGUGGCAUUCUCACGACGGAAUUCAUGGUUGCCAACCCGGGCACGGGGAAAACCGGUGGUCACCGGAAAAUGAUCGAGGAGCGCUUCAUUGACCCGGUGAAAUUUGUAUGCAUUUUAAACGCAUCGUACUAGUAGUAAUCGCAGUCACGCAUUACAAAUUUUCGUCUUUAGGUAAACCCGCAUUACAAAUGUUCUUUCUCAUGCUGAGGAAAUUUGUCAUGCGAUUAUACGAGUGCGAUGCUUUUGGUUUUGCAGUGCAUAAUUUGCCGCGACGAAGUCCCGCAACCUGGUGUUGUCGGAUGCCAAGGGGGAUAAGAAGCUCUACCGCCUGCGGCUCGCGACCAAGUACGACUACAACAUGAAGCCGUGUUCCCUGAUCAUGCCGGCGCGUAUCAUGGCAAAACUCUGCCUCGCCUGCGCGGAGGGGUGCGAAUGCGUGGAGGGAACUGGUACUACGUAUCAAAAGGAAAAAUCCCCCCUUCAUCCCAUAUUGAAAACGAAAAAAUUUCUCAUGCUGUAUUGGAGUACACAAAUCGACUUGUAUUGCUAGAAGGCCAAGAGCCGCAGUCGUGGCCUCGCUUGCAGGCAUAUAUUGUCAUGCUGCUUCCCGCUUCCAGCCGCCUCUUGUCGUGCUGGAGACGCAAAGCCUUACUCCCACGCCACCCAACACUACAGUCGCAGUCCGCAUCUUUUCCCUUUUAGCAUGACGGAGCUGAUGACUUGUGGCCACAAAUCUGCAUCACAGAUUUCCGCUUUGAUGAUAUGGAGAGGGGGGAUUUUUCCUCUCGAUACUACGGCGGGGCAGAUUGAGGAAACUCUGAAGAAAUACGCGGAGGUACUGGUGCGUGUCGCCGAGGGAGGGGACUUUAACGCAUAAGAAUAAACGUCGGCCGACUGUUGACUGCGGUUUCCACCUACAAUCGCCGGACAGGAGGAGAAACGAGGAGAACAAUGUUUUUUGCACACGGGAGUCGGGAAAUGAAUUCUCGUUCUGCAAAUAAAUGGUAGUAACGUCAAGAACUUACAACUACAAGCUGCAUAAGUGAAAAAUAUGAACAGAAGAAAAUAGCGAUACGGAUACUAUCAUGUCGAAAUACUAAAUCGAGUUGAGUCAAUCUCUAAGAAUAUUAGCACUAACUUUGAUCGUGUAACAUAAAAAUCAAUACCCGCACAUGAAAUUUUUCUGUGAAGUACAAAAAAAAUUGGUUUCACAAAUGAUUGAAGCGCAAAACUACUCUAUGAACGACGGUCGUCGCGGCACCGGGACGAGGGGCAAUCCUGCCUCAGACAUUUGUCGAAACAUCAUGUUGAGAGGGCCAUGGGCACCGUCGCUAUACUUUUGCUUUACUAAAGUCUACACUACUGUUUUACGUAUGUCUACGCACUGCACGACACAAAUUCUUUGAGCUCGUUGCUCGAUCAUCAAUUUUCCGCUGCUACAGAUUACUAGAACUCUAGCUACGCAUUUUUAUUUACGCAAAAUAAACCGAAACGACCUAAUACCUGCAUAGUCCGAUACAAUGAAAUAGUACGAGUACC